AUUUAGUUCAAAUUUUUUUUCCAUUUGUCAAAAGAAUGAAAAACGUUACCUAUGCUAUUGAAUACAAAAAGACAGAUACCUUAGCUGAAGGUUAUGCGUUCUACAUUGAACAAUACAAACAACACUUAGCCAAGAAUAAGAAAAUAAAAGCUGCACAACAGAUCCUCGAGCUAGUUGAAUGGCUUGUGGACGAUGAUCAAGGGUUUGAUCAAGAUCAGCUUUUCAAAUACCUCGAUCGUACUCUCAAGUAUUGUCAAAAAGUCAUUAGCGUCUUAAAAGAAGCCAGAUAUCCCUUCUUAUUAGCCAAAGCGUAUCAUUCUAUGAGUCAAAUUUAUGCUAUGCAAGAAAUAUACGAUCAAGCCAUUCAUUAUGCGCUUGAAUCAACUCAAUUACUCUUAUCUCAACAUAAGCCAGAGGAUGAGGAUAAGAUGGAUUUGGAUCAACCCAAAAUAAAACUUGCCUUACAGUCUACCUAUCGAUUGAUAGGCAACGUUUAUUUCACAAAAAGUCUUGAUCUUGAAGCAUCUCGGUUCUCUGAUUAUCAACAAGCUGUUCAUUUCUAUGAACUCGAAAGACAAGUGAUAGAGGACCUGACAUUGGCAGAUAUUGAUUCGACAGAUGAAGAUGAUCUUGUAAAACUCAAACAGUCUGUUUAUUUUAAUAUGGGUGUCAUGAAAUGCAAAUUACCAGACAAACGUCAUGAUGCUAAACAUCAUCUCAACAAUGCGGUCAAACUAGCUCAAAAAUUAGAGGAUGGCUUUAGUGAAAAGACAGCUUGGUGGGAAUUGGGUAAUUUAUAUAAGGCAUUAGGGGAUCAUGAUAUGGUCAAGCAAUGUCAGAUGAGUGAACAUGCAGUGGCCAUUCGACUCGGAUUAUCGGAAGAUAUAAUGACUUGUUAUGAAGAAAGAAUCAAAUAUCAUUUGUACCUGAACGAGUUCAAUGCUUGCAUAAAAUUACACAAACAAGCUGUAGACACCCUUGGCACAGAAUCUAAAAGAGCUUGUAAACGACUGCUUGAAAUGGUUAUACAAAUCAAGACAAUGAAGGAUGAAAUUGAAUACCUUGGUAAAAAGGGAGAUAUCAAUGCGCCCAUUGCUGCUAAAUUCUUGGCUUAUGUCCGAGCUUUGGAUUUUUAUGAACUCUAUCGAGUGGUUAUUGAUACGAUAGAUCAAGGCUAUCUUGUGCUUUCAAGCGCUAGGGAUUUCUCUUCCUUGAUCUAUGGUCAAUUGCUGCAUAUCAAGACAGAAACCUUAUGGAAAUUAAAUGAGUCAACACAACAAGUCUAUUUGGAAUCAAGCAAUGAAGCUUUCGAUUAUGUAGAAGCUAGUUUAAAAGAAAGCCCUUUAAAUCAAUAUAUGCUUACCAUUGAUAUUCUUCAGCUUCGUACUCGUAUCUACGAAUACUUUGAUUUGGGUUUUCAACAACAGGCGACUGAAAAGUUGUUAGCAGAAACUAAAAGACAAGAAGAACUUUUGGCAAGUGAGCUACAUGUUCGAUACAAGCUUCAAAAUCGUUCUGCUCAAUUACACGUCUAUCCACGUAUCACGCCUUCUUUUACGCAAUUAACCAAAAAAACCAUGCGUGUCAAGAUCUUAUCAGAUCCACCCGUUGAUCUUCAUAUUACUUAUGAACCUGCCCCAGAAACUGUGCGACUUUUGAUGAAAGACAUUGCUGUACGAUGUUGGCAUGAACAUGGGUUCGAGCCCAAUAUAAGCCAUUUACGUACUCGGGGCCAUGAUAUACUUCCAGAAGACUUAGUCUAUAGUGUCAUUACAGAAGAAAAUCAAUAUGUAGAAGCACAGAUAGAUGGCACUCAUCGAAAACUGCCUCAUGAUUUAUACCUCAAUACAUGUCAACGAUUCAAUAUAGCCAAGAUAGAGUCUCUUGAAUAUGCUCUAAGAGGACAGACAAUCACAGAUAUCUCAUUCAAGGGUUUAAAUAUCAAAGCAUUCGAUCAAUUUCGAGUGAUACAACACAUUUUGAAGCAUUCAUCCGCACUAUAUAGACUGAACUUGGCAUCCAACAUGUUGGUGGAUCAGGAUAUAGAUCAAUUAUUAACUUGUGUCAGCCCAUCUCUGGGUGACCUUAAUCUAAGCAACAAUCGUAUCACAUCAGCCUGUCUCGAUUAUUUAAUACCUUUUCGUAUAUACAUAUUGAAUCUCUCUCAUAACCCCGUGGAUGCUCUCUUUUUUCUUCAACUUCCUUCUUUUCUUGAAAAAAAGCCUGGUAUGAAGCGUCUCUAUUUAGAAAACACAGAGAUUGGCAAAGCGAACGACAUCAUUCAUCGCAUGGUUCGAGAGAAACCUUUGGAUCUCAAACUGUCUUGUUUGUUGACCAUAAAUCUAUCCAGUAAUCAUUUUGAGCAAGAUAUGCUUUCUAAAUUGACUGAAUUAUGGUGUCAAUACAACUAUAUUGAAGCACUUGAAUUAACAAGCAUUACAAGUGAUUUUGGUUGGAAUAAUUUUGAUAUGUUAUCUGAUUUACAAAGGCAAGGGGACAUGUCAUUAACUAAAUUGAGUUUUAAACGUUCUAUCAAGACAACACUUGCUUAUUGUCAUUUCAAAGAGCUUUUUAUUUUAAAAAAGAACUUGAUGGAAUUAGACUUAACAAGCUGCGGAUUAGAUUUAGAAGAUAUGGUCUUAAUGGGCUAUAGUCUAGUCUAUAUUGAGAGACUUAAUCGACUUGUACUGUCUUCUAAUCCUCAGAUCGGAGAUGCAGGCAUUCAAUAUUUAGAUGAGGCUAUUGAGAAAUCAAAAAUUAUCGCCUUGUCAAUUUCAAACUGCGGAUUAACAAGUCAGAGUCACCAACGGAUUUUACGUUGGUCAAAUCAUAUCAAAAUGAUGGAUAUCACAAAAAACGCCAUUUUUGAUUAUCAUCAUUUACCAGAACGUAUCAAGACAACCAUACGAUUAGAUGCUAUUGAAGUAAGUGUGAUGGAAAUUGCUAGAAGAUGGACUUACCUAAAAAAAAAAAAGUCACCCCUUUCUUUGGAAACAAAACAAGUUCGUGUGCCAGGCUUAUCUUUUCAACGCUGUAAAAAGUUACCCCUUUCUCCAUUUGACAGAUGA